AUGCCAGCAGCCGCCUUGAACACGUUUAGGGACGAGACUGCGAAUGCGGCCCUGUUGUCUUCCUCAAAUCCCUUUGCACAGUCGGCGACGUAUCCUUCAACAUGCGCGUCAGACGCACACUUCCCACCUCCACGGGGCCUAAUGGAGACUGUUCCGCCCCUAUUGGGCAGCGCGGGGCCCUCACAGAAUCCUGCAGACGAAGCAGCGAGAGCGUCGCAGAAAAUAUGCCGGAGCUAUUUGUUCGGCCAGCUGGCCAAUGUGACGAAGGCUGCAGUGUGGUGGUCCAUGUUUGGAACGUUGAUGAUAUCGAUUGUGGGAAGUGACAAUGCGGUGGGAAUCACGCGGUCUGCGUUCAACCUGGCCCUUGUCUUGGUGUCUCCACUUGCAGGAGCCGUGGCCGAACGUGCAAGCAUUCGACGGCUCCUAGCGACGACAACGGUUACGCGUCUUCUGAUUUGGAGCGCCGCAGUUCCGGCCGCGUGGAUUUUUUUCAAGAACGACUUGGACCGCCCUGACCUGUUUCUCGUCUGUCUCGUAGUCCUUAUGUUUUGUGACGGCGUGCAAGUCGCGUUUGCCAAUGUUGUCGACAUCGACUGCGGGGGACUCGACACACUGAGUGCACAGUACAGCCUCCCCAUUGACGACAGCUUGAGGAACAAGCUAAAUGGGUGCCACCAGGUGGUGUUUGACCUCUCCUUCAUUCUUUUCACGCCCCCCAUUGCCUUUGGAGUGUACGUACUGUCGCAGCACCUGGGCCACCUGCUCCCGGAACCGUGGCUGCCGUACCUGGGUCAGGACCCCGGUGUCUUCUCUCUCGUCUCCAGUAUGAGCUUCGUCUUUUGCGUCUUGUCGGCAGUCUCUCUCGGCUGUUACCUUUUCGGCUUGCCCCGCAGAAACGCGGCGCACCUUUCCUACGGUGAGGGCGGGAGCAGCGACGAAAGCUGCUACGAGGGCAGCGCGGGCCAAGCGGGUUCCGGGCGACGGCGGCAAGAAGGCGGAGUUGCCAGUCGGGAAAACGGCCUUCUGGAUACAGUCGACAACUAUAGUGAAACAAGUGAAACGCAGACAGAUCUCUCUAGCGCCCAUACCCUGUCCCUUUUCCAGGAGACGGUCAGCCGUCUGGAGGACGUUCGAGACGGCUUCUUGAUUGUUCUGAAGGAAAGAGAGUUAGGCUGGCGCCUCGUGUUUCUCGCCUUCGAAACCGCGCUGGAGGACUCCAUGGUCUCGGUCGUGAUUCCCGAACUCGCUCUGCGGUGCUACGCGACAACCUUCGCCAUGCUGCAUGCUGGCGGACCGGUGCCCCACGAGGCGGCGAUUCGCGCCCCGACUUCGACUCCCGUUUUCGGGCACGGCCUGUCGGAUGAAUUCAACGUGAACGGGAGUUCCACUGUCUCUGCCUCGGUCCUGUCUCCGUCCUCCUCCGCCUUCUACUUCCCGUCUGCGGAAGCCCUUUCUGUCGCGUCCUUCUCUUCUCUGGCCAGCUGGCCGCUCUCGCUUUUCUCUUUGCCCCUCGACUUUGCGUUCUCGACGACGGAGUUGCCUCUGGACGGCUCUCCCAACCGCGCGUACGCGAAUCUCUGGGCAGUCGCCAUCAUCGCGGUCGGCAAGAUCGGCGGGUGUCUUGCGGGGUUCUACAUGAACAGAAAGUGGGUUCCGCCUGCCUCGUACAGCCGGGACUCGGCGUACUGCCGCCUCUUUUGGUGCGUGCUCGCGUCGUCCCUGUCGGUGGCGCUUCUUCCUCUCUCACAUUUUCUGUUCCUCCACCACCUCGCUCCCGCGUGGGUGUGCGCAGCCCUCGUCUUCCUGUCGGCGUUCUCCUUCUUCCUUUUCUCCACUGCACCGAAAAUCGGCUUCGCCACCCUGCUCCAGGGUCUCGUCUCUUCCCAGCAAGUCGCAUGCAAAGUCUUCGGCUUUGUCGGAACGUUCGUGACUGUGACCGAUGCCUUGGUGAUUGCAUGCAUCAACCUCAUUUUCACGGCCUUCCCUGCGGCGAACUUCUUCGCCGCGCUCCUCUGCGUCUCGGGAAUCUACCUCGUCCACGGACUCAUCGAAGCCUUCAUCGGCCCACUCCUCAUCCUGGAGCCGCCGGCGUCGAGACUUGGACGGACUGAAGGACGAGCCGGAGUGGGCGAUCCGCGCUUCCUCUCCGCUCGCGGACGAGAAUGCGUCUCGGGGACGACCGCGACUGGAGUGGGAGAGGCAGACGGCGUCAUCUUGGACUCCUCAGGUUGGCCUUCGUCGUCCUCGCGACCGAGUGGAAGGGGAGGCCAAGAACUUCUCUCUGCGUACCGAGGCGAAGACGGAGACUCCGGCGUGUACUGGACAAGAGAAAUGGGCUCUUCCACCGGUGUGGGGAACCAGUACCCGCUCGCAGCUGAUCAACACCAGCGGGGAAGGAGUACGGGCCGAGGAUAA